AUGACCAACGUGGAUGGCAAGAGAUUCGCCCAAUGGCGGUUAAUGAAACACAUGACCAACUGCCGUGAGGCCUACAAAGUUGUUGCCGCUAAUAGAAACUGGCAGCCCAUCUACCGUAACGCCGCCACUUUACCCGAAUCACAACCAAACGCAACAUCCGUUUCAAUACACACUGUCAUAGAACCGGUGGUUUCCAGACCAAGAGAAAUGGACAAGGCAAAGAAAGCCGCUCAGGCUGCAGCCAAAGCCGCCAACCAUCCGGCAACGGCCGCCGCCAUGAACGAAGCAAUCAACACGGCCAAAUCCGGCGCCCGACAUGUGGCGAAGUAUGCCUCCGCGCAUCCCUACGUAACCGGCGCCGUCGUUGCUGGUACGACCAUCGCUUGUGCCCCGGCUCUAGUAACGACACCUUUCCUCGCCGUUUCUGGAUUCGGUGCCGGUGGCGUUGGUUUCAAUACAGUCGCCGCCGCCGCUCAUAGUACGAUUGGAAACGUGGCCGGCGGAAGUUUGUUCGCCACUCUGCAAAGCGCUGGCGCUGGUGGCGCGGGUGCUGUUGCGGUCAAUGCGGCUGCCUCAGCGGGCGGCGCUGCUAUGGCGGGUGUUGCCGUUGGUGGGCGGCUUUGUAGGUCUUUUCUGAAGCGUGCGAAGUUGUGA